AUGCAGUUAAUCGAGAAGGCCGUGGAAUGCCAAGGCUCGCGGGUCAUCAACAUGCACAGUUAUCAGCAGUUACUAUGGCAACGCAGGCUGAUGGCCGUCGCGACCCUACUGACCAUCGUAUGUUUCGUUUUUCUUCGCAUUUUUGAUGCAUAGGGCUAUUACAGGAUUCCUGAAGGAAAUAUAAGGAAAUAUGGGCAUUGCCUAAGGGCGAAUAGACGGAGUUUUGUCAUGAGAGAACUUUAUUUGAUGGGGAACGCUUUCAGAUUGGCAUUUUCGCCUUCCUCGCCGCGGUCUUCCAUCCAGAUUGGGCGAUUCUCGACUUUGUCAACACUGAUCUCCAAAAAGUCAACGUCAGACUUGGGGUUUGGGGAGAAUGGAGGACAUUAAACACGACGAACAAGAGUAAGCAACUUAUUUUUACGACUUGCAGCUUGUCUUCGGUCCCCAAAACCACUGAUUUUUUAGCCCUAACCAUUUAAUGCUUCUUUCAAACGCAUUACAUUUUGUAUCUUUUUGAAUUUCCUAAACUUGUACUUCUGCACGUCUCGCAAUGAGUAUGUACGUAUCCUGCCAAAAAGCGCUUCAGUUUUCCCCUUCCGAAACUCAUUCCAUUUAUUAUUUAUACUCUUCCUUCCUUCCUUGCGGGGACUACAGGGAUAAUGCAAUCUUUGGACUGGGAAACAGAAAAGAAACAAACUAAACAAUAUAAACAUCAUUUGAUAUAAUUAGGAAAACGCUUUGUGAUCAUUGGCCUUAAAAAAAGCAGGGAUUGGCUGUGGUACCUAUUGAAAAAUAAACAUAGGAUGGAAGUGAAUCUUUAGAUUUCUUUUUUUCGCCAAAAUUAAAAUACGAUGUCGAAGUUCAUAUGUAAUAUGUAGUCCGUUUAUAAAGUCGCUGGAAUGAUUAUUGCGACGCGCACUAUGCGGAAAAAGUCACUGUGCGAGCGACAGCCCGAAAAAGCCUAUUGCACGGUGCAAAAGGCAUGAAACUGCACCGCACGUCAAACUGAGAUAAGCUAAAACAGUCCGGCGAAUAGAUUGGCAAUUCGCCAAAAAAAGACGCGAAAAAACGUUUUGUCGGGGGAGAAAUGGGGAAUUUUUGGGGCGAGAGAGUACGUUUUUACGUGUCUUUUUUCUCUCUUUCUCUGGAAAUCAAGACGAAAUGUAAAAAACCGAUAGCGAAGAGUCUAUUCCGGUCACCGGACUCCUCAGUUUGACGUGCACCGUGCAAGGGGAACUUUUGUUUUCGCACGGUGACCUAUUUUUUUGCACUUUCCGGUCUAAAAAAAUCAAAUCUGUUUGUCACUGUCAAUUUUGUUAUGUCUAAUCAUAACUUAUUGUUGUCUUCAACUCGUUUUUUCCUUCAAAAACUGAUCUGGAUUCGUGACUUUUGCAGGCGAAUACACCCCGCACUUCCCAGAACCGCCCGGUGGUCGAAUUCUACGUCUGGCCGACGAAGACAUAAAGCGUAAGUGCAGCUGUCCGUAACGAUCCCGUUGAUUUGAUCCCUAUGACAAAUCCAUUCAUUUUUCUCGAAUUUCCGGCCCAAUUCAAGUUUUUUUGAGGCCGCAAUUUCAUGGCCAUGAGAACCCAUAAAUCACGGGGGACGAGCGGCCAAAAAUGGCGUGGUGUUCGGAGUGAUUAAGGGGUCAAAAAAAGGGAAAUGGGAGGAAAUGGAAAGGUUAUAUACAAAUUUGACAUCAAAAAAUAGAAAAAAGGGCUAUUUACAGAUGUUUUGGGGGAAAAAUGUCAGAGAAAGGUCAUAAAAAAGAUCUUUGAAUAUUACGUUGAAUGUGGCUGAGAAACAAUAAAAAGCUACGGCUCUCAAAAGUAGUAAAAGCACUUUGAAUAAUCGAUAAAAAUAGUUAAAAAAAAGCAUUUUAGACUACUAUCGAGCUCAAGCUGCCUUCUGCGUGAUCUCAUUGGUAAUCAUGGUCUGCAACAACGCAUUCGCCUUGUGGACUUUCACUCAUCAUCGCUACAUCUACAAACGUUUGGUCGCCGGAAUCCACGUUUUCACCGGUAAGCCGGCAGAUUUAAAAUUGACUUUUUGCAUCGUGCAAAUGAAAAAUCGCUGCAGCGGCGCAAAGUUUUCAACUCCGUCGUCGCGAAUUUUGCUCGCGCGACAAACAUUGCACAGUGCAAAAACCUGAAAAGUGCACUGUGCACUUUUGGAAAGGCGUAGUACUAGUCGCGACAUAAAGUCCUGACACAUUUGCACAGUGCAUUUUGUUUUUCUUUCGGACCCGUCGCGGCAAUUCUCCGUUUUUGCACUAGCGACAUGCACUUUCGCGCGAACCUGCCACUUUUCUCGCGCGACACCCGCGACAAAAUGUGUCAGGACUUUAUGUCGCGACUACUAAAUGCACAGUGCAGUCCCGAAAAAAUUGGACGGUGCACUGUGCAAUCAAGUUGAAGAGUUGUCUUUUGCACUGUGCAAACAAAAAAUGAGGCAAAUGCACAGUGCGAUUUGAACCUUUGUCGCUGCGGCACUGUGCGAUAAAGUUCUGUCGCGAAUGCACGGUGCGAUGAAGCCUUGUUGUUUUGAUUGGUUCGACGAGCUCUUUUGCGGCUCCGCGGCGCGGUUUGAAGAGUCAAAACAACGUGUUGCUCCGCACCGUGUAUGAUGAAAAAAUUUUUGACUGCACAGUGCAAUCUAACAAAGGGAAAAAGGGCAGAAACCCCCUCACAAUCAAGUGCGACAUUCAGAUUUUUUUCAAGUUUUUGAACGUACUUGGCGUAGGCCACAUAAAUUCAUGAAAAUUUUAGCUCGCUUUGCAGGAGCGCACGGCAACCCGAAGUGUUUCCUGGCUCCUUUCGACACUUCGUCCAUUUUGUAUCGGUUGAAAUCAAACAAAAUGUCACAAGAGAAUUUUUCGUGGGAUUUUCCGACCGAAAAAUAUUUUUGUCGGAAUUAUUUUAUUUCUUUUGUCAAUUUUGGCACUUCGUUUGGACGGAACUCAAAACUGGGCGGGAAACAUUUUUCUUCUAUUUCGGGUUGCCGUGGAGCGUCCCUAUAAAAAAUUUUUUUUUCCAAACAACCUUGAUUUUUUAGCUAAACUAAUAUUUUCAGCCAUGUGCAUAGUGGUCACAAUGGAAGUCCUGACCAACAGCGUGGACGAAUGGAACGCGAAUAUCGCCGAGAAAUACCGAAACAAUCAGGAAUGGGACUUCUCGGCGGUGCAGCGAGUCGGCCUGGGCUAUUACUUGGCCGGCACCGUCGUCAUAAUCUACAUUUUCGCGGCGAUUUGCUUCUUCAUCGCGUCGCACAAGCAAAAAGGCCUCCGGGCCGCCACCUCCGAGUUCGAAAUCGAGGAUCGAGAGAUUGAGAUCGGUCGAUGA